AUGACCCUUGCCGAAAAGAGAAAAAAACAAACACAUGAAGGCAACAAGCAACUCAAAUUGCUAGCGAGCGAUCCAUUCUUAAAGAAAGUUUAUGACGAAAUGGUAGGAGGAGGUAUUAUCAAAAAAGAAGAGUUUUGGGCUCAACGAAAGUAUCUUAUAUCUUCUUCUGCAUUGACUGCUGACUCUUCCAAAGGAGGAUCGGUCAUAAAGGAACAACGUGAAGGCUUGAAAAAUUAUUUAUUUUGCUCUGACGAUCAAAUUAAAUCAAGUGCAGUGAAUGACAGAGAGACAACAAUCAUCCUCUCUAAACGAACCAUUCAACAAAUAUUUACAGAGCAUCCUGGCGUGUAUCAAUAUUACAAACAAGUAGUGCCCAACUCAAUGAAUGAAAAAGAGUUUUGGGCCAAGUUUAUGAAAUCUUACUUUUUCAGAACGUUGGACCCAGUUCAUACUGCCAUGGGAAAUACCACAUCUGCCUACUCGCGAACCGAUGUUGACGACGCCUUAGACCACUAUGAAAGAAAAACGAAUAAGGAGUUCGAUGAAGGUGCAAAAAAAGCAGCAGUCAACCCUCUUGUGAAUCUUGCAGCAGAGGAUCUAAGAGAAGGGUAUGGAUUAAGGCCAGAUGAACUUGUCUAUCCAUCUAAAUUGGCCGGAUUUCCAGAAUCUCUUAAGAAUUUGAACCGAAAAUCUGCAAGAAUAACUCAGUAUGCUUUUUCCACGAAAUCAGGAGACACCUUAGAACCAUCACCUCAAACAAAACCAAAUGACGUUAUUGAGGAAGAAAAGAUGUUAAAGCAAGAGCGAGAGAGAAUGAAAGAGUUGCUGAACUUUGAGGAUUUAACGACAGAGGCUAGUGUCGAAUAUAUUCCUUUAAAAAUUCAAGAUAAGAAUCGGUAUUUUGAGGGACUUUUAAAUGAGACAUCGACACCUCUUUCAGGAACUAUUUCAAAGAAAAUUACUGUAUAUCCUUUGAAGGAAAUGAGACUCGCAUUUAACGAAGAAAUUUCUCAUUUAAAAGAGAAGCUUAAUCUACAAAGCGCCAUCAUUGACCCUAACUUGUCUGUGACAAUUUACAAAGAAAUUAGCAACCAAAUUAUUCAAUCAGGAGAUCGUGAAGAUAAAUCUCUUGGAGGUCUGUUAAACAAAACUGAUGUAGAAUAUCAAUUCAGAGAACUUUUUGAAAUUAUUCAUGAACUACUUCGACACUUGUGGUCAAUGCUGUCGCUUACCAAGAAUGAAUGGAAACCCUUUCAUACAGAAAAAUCUCAAAAGAUUGUACAGAAAUUAACAGAAAAACGUGACCAAAUGAAAAAGCUAGCCAAUGUCCAAACCAAUCAAUGGAUAAAGUCUCUUACCGACUCAAUUAACAUUGCUUUGGAACAUUUUGAAAAUAGAAUGAAUCCAGGACGAAGUCAACCAGUCCAGCCAGGAACCCCACUUUCCUCCUCACAAACUCCACAACAACCUCAACAACCAACUCAGCACGGAACGACACCAUUGGCUGUCAACCCUUUUUCGCCAAGCGCCACUCAAACUCCAGUCAAGCCUAUGCUCGCAGUGAACUUGAGCAAAACACCUUCCACCACACCCACAUCAUCUACGCCUGCCAGUGCUCCAGCUAAGAAAAUUGGUUUUAGUUUGCCUUCUUCAAAAGGAGCUUCAACAGCAACACCACCUUCAGCCUCCAGAGGCACUGGAUUCAAAGGAUUUGAAUUGAAAAAAACCUCUGCUACGAGCCAAGCAUCGCCACCAACUGCAAACACUACCAGUGAUGUGGAACCAGCACAAAAGAAAAUAAAAACAGAUUAA